GCCGAGUCCAAGCGAAGGGAAAUUCUGCCGCUAGCAAAUAUCAUGCCCCCAAAUUAUCGUUUCGCCGCAGAAGGACACAAUCACCGGCAUACACCAUUAUCUAUUACAGUACACCACAGCCGGGGUCGACUCAAGGCAGUUCAGUCUAUCUACUCGAAGGGCCUCUACAAGAGUCAAUCCUCGUUUCGCCAUGGCCAAGUCAGCCAGAGCCUCAGUCGUCAAGCGUAACCACCGCAACUUACGUGCCAAAGUGUUUGGUCCUGCCCACGAUGCCCGAACCGCGAGACUCUCUGCAAAGCUGCAGGAACUAGCAGCAAAACCUCGACCAACUGAUGACAAGGUCAUGGAAGUUGAGACGUCGGCUGAGCAGGAGACUGAGGACCAAUAUCCCCACGAGGGUGGUGAAGACGUGGACAUGGACGUUGACACCCAAGGAGCCAAGACGAAGCGGGCGAAGUCACAGUCACGAGCCGACAAGAAACAACACAGAGUCUCCAAGAAAAAGGCCAAGCACCAGAUGGUGUUUGCAUCUGAACGUGCAAGGAGGAGGAAGGCUGCUUCAAAGCCGAAGAGCAAAUGAUGAGCAGGACCACCAGUCCUUGGGCAACGACUCUACGACUACAACAUGGCAUUGGCAACAACACGCUCCUGUCGAAGCAGAGAUCGGUUCUUGCCAUGAAUGCGAAUCUCAGAUGUCUCUCACUGCACUGCAUGCCUUGUCCUCCGUCGAUCCUGCCUUUGACGUUGAGCAAGGAAUAUCCUAUAAAAGUCCCUCUGCGCAAUAUCCUUCACCCUCGACGCAUAUUAUUUGCAUCGUAACGAUCUCAGUACGGACUAUCGUUUUGGAGUACCAUUUGAACCCAUCUUCGACAUUAUAUCGGUUACUGCGUUGCCUAUAUUCCCGCACUCGCCCAUCUGCCUGUUGGACGGUUCUCGCCCCCACUCAACUAUCUUUCCCUGCGUCGAAAAUGCCGUCUUUAGAACUUACUUCAGACAUGGAGCCGUUCCCUCACGUCCAACGAUCUCGAACCUCUGGUCCAAUGGGAUUCCUCAAUUACCCUGCCGAGAUCAUGAACCGGAUCUACCACGAACUGUUCGUCGAUCAUAGCCAUGUUCUCCUCUUUCUAUGUCGAUACGACCUGGUAUUCCGCAAUGCCAAGCUGAAACAGCUCGUUCCAGACAAGUGUCCCGAGAUUGACGAUCUUUACUGGUCAAGGCUUUUGGAUACUCGGUCUUACACAGAGAGCCCCGGAAAAUCGGCCCAAUUUCUGCGAGUCUGCAAGAAGAUAUGGCUCGAGGGGACCCCGGUCCUAUAUGGAAACGUAACAAUUGCCAUGCAGACAAAGGAUCGCCCGGAACUUCGCAUCAGCGAGUUUUUCGGGAACAAUGCCAAAUAUGUUCUCGCCUGGGCAAAGGUCCUGUUUCCGCGACAGGAUCCUGCAGUGAACAAAAGCUUGCGCGGAUGGAGGCCUGCUCGCAUGAAGAACCAACAUGGGCGAGAAACACGAUCUGUGGACGCUCAUCUACGCAAUGGGCGCGUUUUGAGCAGGACGAGCGUGCGUAUGGGAGUGUCCAAAAAGAGGUCAUUUUCAUUCUAGACAGAAACUCGUGGGUUGGAAGUGUGAUUCACUGCCAGUGCUAGAUAUCUACAGAAUAGACUUUGCUUCCCACCCA